AUGCAGGAGGAGAACCUAAUAAGUUGGCCGAAUGAAGCGCGUGCCCUUCAAAUUGCUGUGGCCUUUGAAAGCACCUACUCCUUCCCAGGUACCACAGGAUGCAUUGACGGGACGGAGAUACGGAUCAAGGCCCCUACCUGGUGUCCUUCAUCGUAUAUCAAUAGGAAGGGGCAUCAUUCAGUCACUUUGCAAGCAGUAUGUGACAACGAGAUGAGAUUCAUCGACUGCUAUGCCGGUGAAGCAGGUUCGGUGCAUGAUGCCGCAGUGUUUCGCCGUGCCCCACUCUCCUUGGAAAUGAGAAAGGAAGGUGUAUUUCCAGGAGGCACGCACAUUUUAGGUGAUGCAGCCUACCCCUUGCAGUCAAACUUACUUGUGCCAUACAAGGAUAAUGGGCACCUAGCUGAGCACCAGGUGCUGUACAAUGCAAUACGUUCUAGCACACGGUGCACCAUCAGCGAGCCUUUGCCCAACUAA